AUGCUGACACCGAGGAGAGCCCUGGGCCGCGGCGGCCUUUGUUCUCAUCCCUACAACGCGGCUGCGCUGCCCGUGCUCAAGGCCGACUUUUUCCGCUACCUCAUCCUGCUGGCGCGCGGUGGCAUCUACUCGGACAUCGACACGUAUGCCAUUCGGUCUGCGCUCGACUGGGUUCCCGACCGCAUCCCCACUACGUCCAUUGGCCUCGUCAUCGGCAUCGAGGCCGACCCCGACCGCCCCGACUGGCACGACUGGUACAGUCGCAGGAUUCAGUUUUGCCAGUGGACCAUUCAGGCGAAGCCCGGCCACCCGGUGCUCCGCGACAUUGUCGCGCGCAUCACAGAGGAGACACUCAGGAGGGUCAAGGCGGGGCAGCUGUCCAAGGUCAUGGAUGACAACGUCGUCGAGUUUACCGGCCCGGCCGUGUGGACGGACACGGUGUUCGACUACCUCAAUGACGCGCGAUACUUCGACAUGGCCCACUCCAAGGGCCCCAUUGACUGGCGCAACUUUACGGGCAUGGAGCAGUCGAAAAAGGUGGGCGACGUCGUCGUGUUGCCGAUUACGAGCUUCAGCCCAGGCGUGCAGCAGAUGGGGGCCAAAGACGACGACGAUCCGAUGGCGUUUGUGAAGCACGAGUUCGAAGGCACGUGGAAGCCCGAGGCGCUGCGUCACAUUGGCGAAAACAACGAUUAG